AUGGCAUCCUGGGGUACCGACGGUUGGGGUGGUGGUCGGUCCACUACUACCCAUAGCGGUGCUGACGAAUGGAAUUCUGGCGCCCAACAGACUACUGGCGCAAGCGAGUGGAAUUCUGGUGGCGAGCAAGCUACUGGCCCCGACCAGUGGAACUCUGGAGAGGGUAAAAACAAUACAAACACCGACUUUGGCGGAGGAGAGUUUGGUGGAGGCGAAGCCGAUGCUGGUGGAGGAGGCGCCCAGGAGCCCGGUGCCUUCGACGGAACUUGCAACCUCUGCGGCAAGGAUGGACAUCGGAAGCGUGACUGUCCUGAUAAGCCUCCGCAGCUUUGCGCCAACUGUCAGGAAGAGGGACACUCUGUCACUGAAUGCGAGAACCCGCGGAAGAUCGACCGAUCCGAUGUCCAAGACCUCGAGCCAGCCGCUGCCUUGGCCAAGAUCAAAGAGGCUGCUGCAGAUGAUGACAUGUUCGACGCCAAAGAAGCCAUCAGAGCUUACGUCAAGGCCCUUCCGGACACCGACUUUGUUGCCCUUGAGAAUGCCCUUCGAAAGCAUGAUGUCGGUGUCUUUCUGAUCGCAAUGGAGCUUGAGAUGGAAGAGACCAUGACCAACAUGGACCUCCAGGGCAAUUUGGGGAAGAAGUACUCCGUGACCUACCGCUUUAGCGGCCGUUGCCCUCGUCCACGCGACCGUGAGGCUUGGCCAAAAGAUGCUGCCGAGAACCUCGAACGUCUCAAGGAGGCCGGUGACAUGGUCAAGACCCUGGUCCCUCGUUGCAGGAACUGUGACGCUCUUGGCCACGAUAGAAGACAGUGUACCGAGGAUCCCAUUGAGAAGCAGCAGCAAGCCAUUACUUGCUUCAACUGCGGCGAAACCGGCCACAGGGUCAGAGACUGCACUACUCCCCGCGUUGACAAGUUUGCUUGCAAGAACUGUAACAAGUCAGGACAUACCGCCAAGGAGUGCCCUGAGCCUCGACCGGUUCCCGAGGACCUCGAGUGUACCAAGUGCGGUGAGAUCGGAAAGCAUUGGCGCAAGGAAUGCCCCCAAGGCGCCCAGAGCAGGGCCUGCCAUAACUGUGGUGCUGAGGAUCAUAUGUCGCGCGACUGCACUGAGCCUCGUCGGAUGAAGUGUCGCAACUGUGAUGAGUUUGACCACGUGGCCAAGGACUGCCCCAAGCCUCGUGACAUGAGCCGCGUCAAGUGCAUGAACUGCUCAGAGAUGGGACAUUUCAAAUCCAAGUGUCCCAAGCCGGUGGUUGAGGAAGAAGCUGGUAACACUGGCAAUGGUGGCUUCGACGACAACGGCGGCAUGGACAACAGCGCCGGCUUUGACAAUGGAGGAGAUGGUGGCACUUGGAACGCUCCCACGGCGGCUGACGAUGGCUGGCAGACUAGCGGUGGUGGUGCCGGCGGCAGUGCCUGGUAA